ACAUUUGUGUGGAGGACCUCGGGAGUGCGGGACGUGUUGAAGCUCUGAGGUCCACAGUAGCAGCAGCAACUUCUCCUGCCGGGUUCGUCGGCUCUGCAGUCCGGCUGCAGCUGACUGAGCCGCUACACAAAGCGAUGUGAUUUAUUUCCUUUCUCUUUUUAUUCUCGCCACUCAGCCCGUCACAUUUCCCCGUUUUCCUCGGAAAUUUUCCAGCUGCCCGUUUUUUCACUUCAGCUCCGGGCGCUGUUCCACUCGGAGCUUUAAAAAAAAAAUCUUUUUUUUUCUUUCCUGUCUAACUUUGGAGGAGAUCCGACACCGAGCAGAGAGCCUAUAUUUGUCCGCUCGACUCCCGAGUGAAAGGGAAGGAGGUAAACCGAGCUCCCCUGUCGCCUCCUCCGCCACCAGCCUCCGUUUUCCACCGCGGCGGCAGCAGCAGGAGCGGAAGGGAAAGAGGGAUUUAGCGUGGAUAUCAGGGAGGAAUAUAACCCCGGAGGAGCCCUCACGAUCUCAAAGGUGCACGACACAAUGGGACUCCUCUUAAACCUCUGAGGGGAAAGCACAAAAGACGGAGGGGAACAGGAAUAAAGCCAAGUGAAGAAGAAAAAAGAAGAGGACAAAAGAGGAGGAGGAACAGAAGAAAGAGAAGAUUCUUCCUCAGCGCCAGGCAAAAAGGUGGGCGGAGAAGGAGAGGGAGGGAGAUUUGUAAAGAGGGAUUUGCUCUAUCUGUUGGGGGUGCAUGCUCCCUCCUGAGUCCCCCCCCCUCCCACUUGGACAUCCUCCUUUUUAUUUUAUUUUCUGCAUCAGUGACAGUCCGACAAAAGGGGAAGAAUGCGCAAUAAACAAAGUUUGGGCUGGCUCGAGCCGAGCAGGGGCCUCGAUGUGAGACUACCCAGGACUAGAGUCUUGCUGCUGGGCUUGUUUCUCGCUGUGGCCAGCUGGCUGCCAAUGCCGGCCGCUGCGGAGAUGGACAUUGACAUGCUUGGUGGCAUGGUGUUGAUAGAAGCAGGUGGAGAAAGUGAGAGGUUUGACGGAGGCAGAGGUGAGCUCGAGGCCUCCAUGCACUCCUCAAUCUUGCAGGACUUCCAGGAAGUGACAGAAGGUAUCCCGGCGAUGGAUGUUGGUGAUACGGUCGCGAUUCAGCAGAACGGUGCUGCACCCACAGCCUUCCCCGACUCCUCAGCAGUGGUGGGUCGGAUUUUCUGGAUGAAGGUGCCAAAUAAGAUGGAGGAUGUCUACCUGGGUGAUAUCAUCAAGAUCACAGAGAUGGGUAAGGACUUACUCCCAGAGUGGCUGCACUGGAAUGCCAGCAGCAGAAUCCUGCAGGGUCUACCUUUGGAAGAGGAUAAAGGUGUCCACUACAUCUCUGUAUCCAUCUCCAACCACACGAAAUCCUCAUCUUCUUCUGAGGUGUUUUCCAUUGAGGUGCACCCUGAAGAUCAUCUGGAUGCAGAUUCAGCCCAGCUGACAUCCAAUCAAGCUUCCACUGAAGAUGAUGUGCAGCCGUUCAUGUGUGGCAAUGAGGAACCGGUCACGGUACUGACAGUGAUCCUGGAUGCUGAUUUGACCAAGAUGAGCUCAGAGCAGAGGGUGGAGCUCCUGGACAACAUGAGGAGCUUCUCUGGUGUUGGACUUCAGCACAUGAAGGUACUCCCUGUGGUCAACAACAGGCUGUUUGACAUGUCUGCAUUCAUGGCUGGCCCUGGGAAUGCCAAAAAGGUGGUGGAGAACGGCGCUCUGUUGUCCUGGAAGCUUGGCUGCUCGCUGGACCAGAGCACAGUCCCAAAUAUCAACAGUGUCCAGGGUCCUGCAAAGGAAGGCACAAUGUCAGCCAAGCUGGGCUACCCUGUGGUGGGCUGGCACAUUGCCAACAAGAAACCUCAUUUCCCCAAACGCGUGCGACGGCAACUAAACAACACUCCAACACCUGUUCUGACUGUGCUUCCUCCAACAACUGCAGUGGAGCCACCGGCGAGAAUCAUCCCAACCCUCUCCUCUCCCUCUAUUGCUGCACCAACUGAAAGUUCUGCUCCCCCCGUGAGAGGUCCCGUCCCACUUCCAGGCAAGCCUACAAUCAGAGUUCGUGACCCUAUUGCUCACACCCCAACUAUGGGACCUCCUCAGCCAACAAAGGUCAUGGAGACCACCAGCACCAUUCCCAUUAUGCCAACCAUGAGCAGGCCCACCCAUGUAGAAGCCACUCCCACACCAAGCACAGCCAUAAUAACACCCACAUCUACCAGAAAACCUACGAAGAAACCCAGGAGGCCCAAGACGACCACACCAGCAUCCAGAGUGCCAAAGACCCCCGCAGCAAAGACUCCUACAAGCACCACACCAUCACCUGGUGUUAUUCCAGAUCCAUACAACGAGAAGCCCGUCUUAAGGAACCCCAUCGACCAGGUCAAUGCAUUGGUGGGCACAUAUUUUGAAGUCAAGAUCCCAUCUGACACAUUCUUUGACAAAGAGGAUGGAACAACAGAUAAGCUGCGUUUAACCCUUAGACAAAACCACAAUGAAGUGGUGGCAGAGGGCUCCUGGAUCCAGUUCAACACCACCAGCCAACUUCUCUAUGGUCUGCCUGAUGUCCACCAUGUGGGAAAACACGAAUACUUCAUGCAGGCAACUGACAAAGGUGGUCUCAAUGCAAUUGAUGCUUUUGAGGUUCGUGUAAACCGCUGGCCAACCAAUGAUAAAACCCCUGUGAUAUUUAUGGCCCGUUUUGAGGGUGAGCCACGGUCAGUAACAAAUGACAUCCACAAGAAGAUCCUGCUGGUUAAAAAGCUGGCAUAUGCCCUCGGGGACCGCAACAGUAGUACGGUGAGUCUAAGGAAUAUCACCAAAGGGUCCAUUGUAGUAGAGUGGACAAACACCAGCCUCCAGCAGCACCCGUGUCCAAAGGAUCAGAUUACAGGCAUGAGCAGGACACUCGCUGAUUCUGAAGGAAGACCGUCACAUGCCUUCAGGUACACUAUGGAACCUGAAUUCAAACCACUGGACGUGAAGGUGAAGGGAAGGGCAAGCUGCCGAAUGCAUUCUUUCAUCCCACCAGGAGAGAUUGAUAUCCCAGAACCUCCAGCUGUCACUCCAGGUCUGGGAUCAAGCCGGGAUAGUGCAGAUGACGUCUACCUCCAUACGGUCAUUCCUGCCGUGGUGGUGGCAGCAAUCUUGUUAAUAGCAGGAAUUAUUGCAAUGAUCUGCUAUAGAAAGAAACGAAAGGGCAAGCUUACCAUCGAGGACCAGGCCACCUUCAUCAAGAAAGGCGUGCCAAUUAUCUUUGCAGAUGAACUUGAUGAUUCUAAGCCACCUCCAUCCUCCAGUAUGCCCUUGAUUCUCCAGGAAGAGAAGCCCCCACUUCCACCCCCUGAAUACCCCAAUAUGGCCACACCAGAGACCACUCCCUUAAACCAGGAGCUGCUAGGGGAGUACACAGCUCUGCAAGAUGAUGACCCCAAUGCACCUCCCUACCAACCACCACCUCCCUUCACCACUCCCAUGGAGGGCAAGGGCUCCCGUCCAAAGAACAUAACUCCGUACAGAUCUCCACCUCCUUAUGUGCCACCCUAAGACUUAAUUAACCCUCCCCUGCUAGGGUGGAGGGAGAGGAUGCCUGAGGAACUCUGACGGUUUCCUUUCUGGUGUUUGUCUAUUUGGACAUUUACAGGGAGAGAUGGUGGUGCUAAAGUACAAAACAGCUUCAAGUGACUUUGGUUUGGGACGGGGGGAAAUGAGUUGGGUGGGUUUUACAGUACACAGGAAGGGACUACUGUUUUAGUGGUAGCCCACCUAUAAUAGUGGCCUAAGACAAGCAAAUUCUCAUCACACUGGCUUUCGGUUUGACCAACUGGUCUGAAGCAACAACUGGGAGAUAUGCUCUUCCUUCCCAGCAUUUUCUUUUCUCCUGAGUUGAUUUUUGGAUUCUGGAUUAUUUUUCAUCUUUAGCCCAAGAUUCUGGUUCUUUUCUUUUUGGAGUGUUCUGAAGCGUUUGCCUCACAGCUCUUCGUCUGCCUGGCUUUUAAAUAAUGCGAGAAGACGGUGGGUGACCUGUCAACAGACCACUGCAGGCAACGACCCGCGUUUUUAAUAAAGCAAGAGUGAGAUUCUUUGCAUAUGAGAGAAGCUAUCAGGAGGAUCUCAAGUCAACCCUGCAGACGACACAAGACAAUAGGAGGCCCGUGUGUGUGUGUGUGUUUGAAUGAGUGGGCGUGUUUAUUCAGAUUCAAUACGGUUUGCCUUUUAACACUAGUUGUCUGUUUUUAUCUUUAUUCACAGUGUCUAGUAAAGAUGAGAAUAACAAGGUAGCCUAAAAAGAUUUAGAGAUGAAUAAUAAAUAAUUUGUUUGUUUCAUUGGUUUUGAAAUUCACUGUAUAUCUGGAAGAUGUCCUGAAAGAUUGUUCUAUUUUUGUUUUGUGGAAGAAAGGAACUGCCUCACUAAAACAACCCACAGGAGCUAUAUAUAUAUAUAUAUAUAU